UGUGACAGCUUUUCUUGAUAAAUAAAUCGUUAAUAUAUUGAAAAUUAAGGUGCAAAACUUAUUAGAAAUGGGAGAUACAACGAAGAUAUGCUCAGCUUGUCUCAGUACGGAUCGUCGUUUAAUGCCUUUGGAUAAGAUAAUGGCUAUUAUAGAAGAAAUUCCGUUACCAGAGCUGAAGAAUUCUAUCAGUAAUAUAUGUUGGGAGUGCUGGAGCAUAAUAAAGAAGUUCUACAAGUUUAAGAAGAGGGUUCAAGUUGCACAGGCCAUUUUAAAAUGGACAACUGAGGUAACAGUAAUAAAACCGCUAUCCACACUAACCGUUACCACCAAUCUUAACUACGAUUAUCAAUAUAUAUACAAUAAGGAUCCCCUAAUUAAUAAACAAGAAUUAAACACAUUUGUAAAAGAAGAAUACGGUCACCAAUCAGACGAUAACACCGAAACAUUAGACACAGACGAAAUACUCCAAAGUCCUGUUAAAAAUAGCGAUAAAUUUGAUACAAAAACUAACAUAGAACCUACCCAAUUUAAUGUAAACGAUUUUGAAGCAACCGUAACAAAUAAUACAGAUUAUAAAGAUGAUAUUUCAACCAUAAACAUGUAUACGGACACAAUAGAAAUAAAACCAAACAAGAAAAUGAUAAGAAAAGUAAACAGAAGUCAUAUUAGUAGGUCAUUAAAAUUAAAACUAAGAGAAGAAGAUGAAGAAUUUAAGAAGAAGUUCGUAGAAGUUGUGAUAAGCGAAGAAGAAAUGGUAAAAUUGAGGGAUUUGAGGAGGAAUCAUUAUAAUUUUAAGAGGAUACCGUACAAGUGUGAGACCUGUGUUCUAAGUUUCACUAAAGAAGAGAAUUUUAAACAGCAUAUGCUGAAGAAACAUGAUGAGAGUAUAGGCCCUCAUCAAUGCGAUGUAUGUAGCGUCCGUUUCCCAACAAAAUACGCAGCGGAGAAACAUAAACGUAAACACUACGUGUACUAUAGAUGUUGUUGCUGUCGGUACAAGGUGCAUGAGGUCUGGUCAGCUUUGAACCAUUGCAGGACUAAGCAUUUGACUGAUGAGCCGGAUAGGAUACAUUGUGCGCAGUGCGAUGUUGUUGUCAAAACUCCCGAUGAAUUAGAAACUCAUAUAAAAGAAGUACACGCCCUGCACUGCAACGAAUGCGGAGUGAAAUUCACAUCGAGCAGCAAUUUAAGGAGACAUAAAGCACGCAUACAUUCAGUAAUUCGAGAUUUCAUAUGCGAUAUAUGUUCAAAAACAUUUAAAACUAAGACUCGUUUAGAAUCACACAUGGUAAAACACAACGCUAACAUAGCGAAGAAACUAGCUUACUGCACUAUAUGUAAAGUGCAGUAUAAGAACAUAUAUGUGUAUAGGAACCAUUUGAAAUCCAGCGCUAAUCAUACGGAGAAAUUCUACUCGUGCCCUGUUUGCAGUAAGAAGUUCGCGUCAAAAGUAUAUUGGACCAACCAUUAUAAUUUCUAUCAUUUGAAGAAAUCACAGUAUAAAUGUGAUGUUUGUAAUAAGAUGUUUAUAUCACAUUGGAAAUUAAAGAAUCACAAGCAGAUUUACCACGGACUAUCUCGAACAAGGGACCAUGCUUGUGAUUUGUGUUCUAAGAAAUUUUAUACACUCCCCACUCUCCGCUCCCACCGAUUAACACACUCGGAGCAACGAUCCUACAUGUGUGAGGAUUGCGGACAUACGUUCAAGCAACGAGCUGCACUAUACACGCAUACUCGGUUACUGCAUCGACAGACUGCGGAUACCUAGAUGCCUAGGUUAGCUUAGACCUAGGAACCUCAUCAUUAUCAUCAUCAGCGGGAAAACAAUGCAACGUCACGCCUUUUAUCCCCGAAGUGGUAGGCAGAAGUGCACAUUAUAAUGUACACCCACAGGGGGUGAGCCUACUGCCAUAUACAUGACACAAUACCAAAUUCCGUGCUACUACUCAGAUAUGUUCGACACGACAAAAGCCCAGUACUAUUUUGCUAGACCCGGGAAUCGAACCUGAGACCAUUCGACCGACGAGGCAGUAAAUAACUUGAUAUAUAACUAGCUACUUCCACGCGGUUUCACCCGCUCUGCUCGGCUCCUAUUGGUCAUAGCGUGAUGUUUUAUAGCCUAUAGCCUUCCUCGAUAAAUGCACUAUCCAACACAAAAAGAUUUUUUCAAAUUGGACCAGAAGUUCCGGAGAUUAGCGCGUUCAAACAAACAAUCAAAUAAACUUUUCAGCUUUAUAAUAUUAGUAUAGAUUUACUAAUAUCACAUUCCACUCCCAGACACUACCCACUCUCCGGUCCCACCGAUUAACACACUCGGAGCAUCGAUCCUACAUGUGUGAGGAUUGCGGACAUACGUUCAAGCAACGAGCUGCACUAUACACGCAUACUAGGUUACUGCAUCGACAGACUACAGAUACCUAGGUUAGCUUAGACUAAAAAUAAGACGUAGGAUUUUCACCUGUGUCGUGUCGCCACAACCUCCCAUACCGCUGCAACUCCUGUGCACCAGGAUCUACAGUAGAUACAAACAUGAAAACACCGAAACACUGAAGUCCGGCGCGUCCCAGGGACAUGAAUGACUGUCUUGGAUCCCGCAACGAAAUAAAUCAGAAGAUGUUAUUAGGGGAGAAGAAAAGAAGUUGUGGGUGCGUUUACAAACAUAUAAGUUCAUAUACACAUGACAUCCAAACCCGGAACGACAAUUUGUGGAUCACAUAAAGAGUUUUUCUGUUGGGGAAUCGAACCCGAUACAAGUUGCGCGGCAGCCGGUCACCCAAACGGCGCCAAACGUGCAGUCAUAGACUUGGGAUCAAUCAUCAUCAUCAUCAGCUGGAAGACAUCCACUUUUGAACAAAGGCUCCCCCUUUGGAAGGGGGAGGGGGUUUUGCCAUAAUUCCCCCUUUACAAGUAUGACUAAGGAUUUCUUUUGUGGAAAAAAUCAUCUAAUGAUUUCUCUCGCCUUGGGCUAGGCGAGAGGGGGUGUCAGACUCUUAUUGAGUAAAAACCACCCCGUUCCUACUCCUGCUUUUCGAGCCGGAGCCACGGUAAACCCGCUAGGUAGUUAACUUAGGAUACCUACUCGAUUUUAUUUGGAAAU